AUAUUGUGUUGCUUCGUUUAAGAAACGAAAUUAGGGUCUCAAUCUUAUUUCUCUUAAUUAUUAUUAUUAAUCCAAACAUUCUCAGAACUAGUUUGAAUCUUUUAUUAAAGGAUCUUGAGACCCCUUCACAUGGGAGAGAGAAAGAAAGAGAGAUAGCGAGAGAUGUUACUCCAUGAGAAUACCAAACCCACUUCGCUCUAAUAAUUCAAAAGAUUUCACUUUCUCAAACAAAAAAACUUCUCUCUUUCUUUUCUAAUUUCUAAAACCCUAAUUGAAGUUCCAACAAGAUCGAUCAAGGAGAAGAUGGAUCUCGAGGAUUGGGAAUUAGUACUCCCCAAGAACAGCUUCAAGGAUCUUGAUCUUGAUCAUGACGAGGAUCAUCAUGGAGCCAUGGUGAUGGACUACUUCCUCUGCCCAUCUACUAAAGAUCCUCUCCCCAAGACAGAGUCUCCUCCAAGAUCCAAAGUGGUCCCUAAAAAGAUUCUUCAAGUUCCCAUAGCUUGGGAAGCCGUGUUGGAUCAAGACAACACGAAGAUACCCAAUAACCCUGAUCUUGAACCGGAUCCGCAUCCGGAUCCGGAUUCAAAACCGACCCUUUCGACGGACUCUGUUUCGUCACCAAGAGUUUCCUUCAAGAUCAUGAAGGACACUGAAUUUGCCGACAUGAAAAUUGACCCACCAGCGAGGAUCACGAGUCCUCUGCCUCAGAUCGAUGAUGCUGCUUCGAAACCCUCUGAUUUAGAAGGAGGGGAUGACUUGCGAGACAAGAAAGAAGUUGUUUUGGAGGAAGAAGAUGAAGAUGGUAGUGGUGGUGAGAGAUUGAAUCUGUGGAAGGCUGGUCUCAAUGGGAUUGGAGCAAUCUGUUCUUUUGGGGUUGCAGCUGCUGCUGCUACCGUAUGUGUCUUCUUCCUCGGACACAACAAUAUCAAAAUCUGUAAGAACAAGAACCAGAUGCUUCGGUUCCAGAUUUACUCCGAUGAUAAUAAGGUAAUGUUCUUAAUUAGUUAAAUGAAUUUAUUUUAUUUUUCUUUAUGAUAUAUCUUUGAAUGUUCUCAGUUAAAUAAUUUAAUGAAAAAUUAUUGGUUUUAUGUGAGUAGUUUCGUCUUGAGGCGAAUAUAUACUAACAAUUGUUUUACAUAUUUAAUCAGAAAACGAUAAAUGUAAAAAGUUUUUGUGUUUUAUUUCCGAGAUGGUGUUUUGUAUAUUGAUAAAUUAUAUGAUAUGAAAGAAAAGGGAGUGAUAGAUUUGGAUAAGAGACUGUAUAGAAUAUAUAAUCCACCUACAAAAAAUUAGUAUUUGUUAAGAUGAACCAAAAUAGUGAAAAGGGGUGGUGGAAUAUUAUUUUCUAAUGUUAAUGGUUCAUGACGAUUAGUUCGUAAUCUGUCUGCUUGAUUGUAUAAAAGUUAUAGUUUUGAUGUAUUCUAUAAAUUGUAUGAUUAACUGAUUGAUAACACUUUUGAUUCAAACUAUAGAAAUAAGUUUUGAAUAUUUUAAUCUCACCAAAUGAUAAGGUCAAGUUUACGUGUUUAAGUGAACAAUCUUUAGAAUUGAAGAGAACUAUUCUUGUUUUACCUUUGUACGUACGUUUUGUUUUAUGAUUGUUUCUUGUGCUAACGUCAAAGCGAUAAGAAGAAAUUUUCUUCGUUUACUAAAUAUAGCAUAUAGCCAUGUAACAAACCCAUUAAAGACAUAUCAAAAUCCUAAUUAAAAGCAUUACAAUAACAUACUUGAUAACUGUUUAAACAUGUUUGUAGUAAUAUACUAACAUUUGUUGAUCAUCAAUACUUCACCAAUCUCUACAAUUUGAAUUUGUUGAUAAAAUUUUGUUUCAUUGUUGGUGGAUGCAGAGGAUGAAAGAAGUUGUGAAUCAUGCAACAAAGCUCAAUGAAGCAAUCUUUGGUAUGAAAGGUGUUCCUGUCGUAAGAGCUCAAAUAUCUUUUGGGGGUCACUACGAUGGACUUUGAAUCUCAGCCAUCAUAAUAGUUCAUAAUGUACAUACAUGAAUGUAGUAUAAGGUUUUGUAAAUUUCUAUUAUUUUGUUCAAAUAUUGAUUAAUUAUGUGGUGUUAAUAGAUCUUUGUGAAAUUUCAUGUAAUUUUUUAUUAUUAUUAUUGUCAGUAAGAAGUUAAGAACGCAUAAAUCAUUUUAUAAUUUUCUCAAGGCAUGUAUGUCACAUAAAGCCAU